ACCUGACGUCAAUGACGUCGACGCGCAGUGCGCCUGGCGGGAGGUGUAGAUCGCGCGACAUACGGCUGCAUGUGUAGGCUGCUUCUCCUUCUCCUCAUCCUAUCACCUUAGAGUAUGAGCCUCCCCUCUCUUUCGAGGUGUAGCAAUGGCUCGCUUGGCUGGCGUCUCUAUACGCACGUCUUCAAGACAGGAACAACGCGUCGAAUACCUACGUCGACGCGCGCGAUAACUAGUCGCGCGCUCCUUUCGCGGACCUCUGGCCCUUCCCCUUUACCUCGGUUCUCCCCGAUGCAUUGCCUCUCUUCUAUGCUUUGUCGACAACGACGAAGCUACGCGUCACAGGCAUCCCAGGAACUCACGAAGAUUGAGCACUCGCAGUUUCUCUCCGAGGCACCACCAGACGCAAGCUGGAGAAAACGGUCAGCGGCGCAGGAUCCAAACGAGGAGGAGGCUGCGCUGGAAGACGCGGCAGACGGCAAGGGUAAACUCCUCCCCACCGCUUCCCACCUCUUCAAGCUCAUUCUCCCGCUCACGAACGUCGCCCACGCCCGCGACGCACCACCCGUCGUCUUCCUCCUCCACCCCUCGCAGCCGCUCUCGCACGCCGGCCGCCUCAUCGCGAGCGAGCUCAUGCGCGUCGAAUCGGGUACAGCGUCACCAAAGGGCGGAAGCUCGCCGCCGCGCGUAGAAUUCCACAGCACAUCGCCGUCAGGGAAGAUCUCGCAGUGGUCGGAUUCGACGGACGUGGCCGACUUCAUGCGCGACGCGGCGCGGGUGGCGAAGUUCUCGGUGGUGAUUGUGUACCCGGAUAGUCCGGAAGAACAAGUCAUCGACGUCCAAGUCCCCUCCUUCGCCUCCCGCACGCGCUACCUUCGCCGCCGCCUCACCGUCAUCGAGUCCCAGCUCAAGGACAUGGACAAGAUUAAGCGCGAGUGCGACCAUCUCGCACGCCGAGGGGCGAGAAGGAUGGCGCUUGGGGGCUUCGGGCUGCUGGUGGUGUAUUGGGGCGCGGUGGCGCGGUUGACGUUUUGGGACUAUGGAUGGGACAUCAUGGAGCCUAUAACCUACCUCUCUGGAUUGUCAACGGUCAUCUGCGGUUACCUGUGGUUCCUCUACCAAGGCCGCGAAGUCUCCUACACCUCCGUCCUCGACCACUCCAUCUCCUCCCGGCGCGAAGCCCUCUACGCCUCCCGCGGCCUCGACAUCGAGCGGUACGCCGACCUCGUCGCCGAAGCCCGCAGCCUCCGCCGCGAGAUCAGCAAGAUCGCGGAGGACUAUGACCGGGACAAGUGGGACGAUGUGGUGGAGGAUGAGAGGGGGCGGCCCGUCAAUGGGGGGAAGAAGGUGGAGGAAGAGAGCGGGGUGGCCGAGGGGAGGGCGAUGGAUAAGGCAGAGAGGCUGGAUAAGGAGGAGAGGCUGGACAAGAAGGAGAGACUGGACAAGGAGGAAAGGCGCGAGCUGGACAAGGAGGAAAGACGCGAGCUGGAUAAGGGGGAGGGGGACAGGCGCGGGCGGCGGAUAAAUAAGGAGGACCUGAAGGAUGCGAGCACGGAGGUGAAGUCGGAGUCGAGGAGGAAGGUGGAUGAGGUGACGGGGGAAGAAGAUAGGAAGGAUAGGGAGGGGUCUGCAUGAACUUGAGCAAUUACAGGAAAGUCGACGGACCUUGUAUGCAUAGAUUAGUACGGAUCACGAAAAUGGCGAAACCAAGACGAUGUUCAUGUCUAUCUAUUUACAUUAGUACAAUACACAUUACCGCAAGA